AUGGUAGACCGCAUCUUCUACCAGUAUCGGUUUCUGAUGGUGUUCGGCUGCCUGACGCUGAGCGUUCUCUCCACAAUACGGGAGUACGAGUAUGACGCCGGCAUCAUUCUCUUCUACUGCGAGUCGGUGACGCUGGUGAGUCCGCCUCUGGUGAGACAUGGUGACGACCGUUCGCCGUUGGCAGACAUGGUGACCAUCCUAGCGUCACUGGUCGUGCUGGGGCUGGGCUCUGGCGUGCUGGGCCUCGUCACUGGUGGCCAGGUGUUCGCCGCCUCGGCACUGCGCGUGCUGCGCUUCUUCCAGAUCCUGCGCAUGGUGCGCAUGGACCGACGAGGCGGCACGUGGAAGCUGCUCGGGUCCGUCGUGUACGCCCACAGGCAGGAACUCAUCACGACAUUAUACAUCGGGUUUUUAGGUCUCAUCAUCGCCUCAUUUCUUGUUUAUCUAGCUGAGAAGGACUCGAAUGGGGAGCAGUUCUCGUCAUACGCUGACGCGUUGUGGUGGGGCGUAGUGACGCUCUGCACAGUCGGCUACGGCGAUAUUGUCCCCAUCACGUGGAAGGGCAAGCUCAUCGCGUCUGCAUGUGCCUUACUAGGAAUAUCGUUCUUCGCGCUGCCAGCGGGCAUCCUGGGCUCUGGCCUGGCGCUGAAGGUGCAGCAGCAGCAGCGGCAGAAGCAUAUGAUCCGGCGACGCCACCCGGCCGCCAUCUUGAUCCAGUGCCUGUGGCGCUGUUACGCGGCCGACGAGCACUCGCUCUCGGUGGCCACGUGGCGCGUGCACCAGGUGCCCUACCCCAGCCCGCCCACGGCCAAGGCUGAGGAGCAGGUUCCCAUGCACCUACGGCCGCUGCUUCCCCCCUCGAGCUCAGGCUUCUUCAAGCACAACGCGUCAUUUGUGUCUCGGCUGCCGACCAUCCGGCGCAGUCGGCCUCUGAGCACCUCGGCGCAGCUGGCAGCGGCGCGCGCGCGCCACGGCGACAUCAACUCGUCUAUGGAGAACAUGGGCACCACCAGGUAG